AGAGCCACCUUGAAGCGGUCGGUUUUCACACCUGCCAAUUCUAGCUACCCUAACAGUGGCCAAGGCAGCCCAAGUUCUUCUGCAAGCAGUUGGUGUUUUUCUGACUCAGCUCUCGAACGCUGUGAAUUCGGCAGCCCGUGGCCGCCCUAAGGGGUGUUUGUACCAAGGCAGCCCAAGUUCUUUGGCAAGUAGUUGGUGUUCUCUGACUCAGCUCUCGAAAGCUGUGAAUUCGGCAGCCCGUGGCCGCACUAAAGGGUGUUUGUACCACGCAAUGGCCAAGCGGAAACUGUUCGAGGAAGGACGGUCGAAUAAAUCAAGUGGAUCUUUCUACCAGUUCAACUGUGCGGCGGAGAAACGCGAGUCGGGCCGAGUAAAAGAGAUGCGCCGUGUGCUCGACCCUGCUGCUCGGAUGCGCCGUCAGAGGAAAGCUGUGGACAAUCUGGAACACGACAACUUCCACGACGACCCCCAUGCCAAUCUGGUGAUGCAUAAAAAGGCACCCAAGUUCGAAGAAACUUUGGAAGCCAAGCGCAAACGCAGAAGCAAAGGUGAGCCCUUUAAGGCGCGCUUUAAAAGGAAUUUAUAUGCCCUCUUGGAAGAGCAUCAAACGAGCAAUCCGGAGCCGCCAAAUUACAGUCAUGCGAAUGUACCGCCGUCAAAGUUGCCACCGCGGCACUUCUGUGCCGUUUGCGGCUUUCAGUCAAACUACACCUGCGUUUCCUGCGGGUCGAGGUACUGUUCGGUCAAGUGCCUCGGUGUGCACCGUGACACCCGCUGCCUGAAAUGGACAGUCUAACACCCGUGUGCAGCAGCAAGUGGUUUCCUCCCCCAGCGCAUACAAGCCAGCCGAUGGAGAAAGAAACCGUCAUGAAUGAUUGGCAUGCUUACGUGAUCUGCUGCAAGAAUGCACAUCCCACGCAAUACAUGUUUGUGACUGCAUUCACAGGCAAAAUUCUGUCGCGACCCUGUAAUGUGGUGCGCCGACAAGUGUGAAAUUUUGAAUGUCCGUGUGCCUCCUUACCUCAGUCAUGCCACACAUGUAUGAUGUAUGUGAAACAGCAACUUCAAUGAAAUUAAACGUCAUUUUCACCAUUACAACAA